AUGUCUUCUAAGUUGUUAAUAUUAUUUUGUGGUCUGAUAGUUUCAGUACAUUGUACAAGUGUCGUCGUCGGUCGUACUCACGAUGUUCAUAAAGUGUAUGAAGCUGAAUACGAAGCAAAUUCUAUCCCCUUUUUUAAACGAUCGCAGGAAGUCUCCAUAGAAUAUCCCGUUGGUGAUCAAAAAAUUAAGGGCAUUGCUAUUAUAGACUUGCAGAAUGGGAAGGCAGAGCCGUCAAUAACUAGUGGUGGUAUUGGAUUUGGAUUUGCAAAGAUUAAAUUGAAGAGCGAGAGGGGAUCGGGAUACAAAUUCCGUUUGGAAGUAUACGCGUAA